AUGGAUCCUGAACAAGAUUUAAGUAUAAAUCCAAUUCAAGAUGAUAUUCGAAGUACAGGUUUGUCGAAGUUAGAAGAUGGUGUUUCACGAAAUUCUGAUGAUAGUUAUACUGAUUGUAUAGUUCAGGCUGAUGCUAUUAAUGAUAAUAUAAAUAGUAAUUUAAAGGAACAAUCUGUGCAAAGUGUAACUAAUAAAAGUAUUACGCAUUGUACCACAGAUGGAAAGGACGAAAUCAAUAAUUGUAUGGAUAAACAGUUGAUAUCAACACCUGUUAAGAUGGAUCCAUUAGUACCACCACCAGAGAUUGAAAUAUCAGAAAUUAUUUGUGAUGGAAAAUCUUGUAAAGAAAAUUUUGAUACCAAAUUGGCCAUUGACACUGAAUUAAAACCAUUUAUAGAUGAUGAAAAUAAUAGUGAUAUUCAAGAUGACGAAAUACAGUUGAGAUGGGAUGAUGAUGACGAUGAUGAGUUAAAUAUAGGUUGUGAGGAAAUACAAGAUUCAGGUAAUGCUGUUAUUUGUAUGAAGGAAAAUGAUUCCUGUGAAGUUGAUGUUAAAGAUUCGCCUGAAGAACAAAUAGACAUGGAAGUAGCAACAAAAACAUCAUUUGAAGGUACACAAAGUAACAAAAAUAUUAAAGAAGACUUGGAAGUAAUAUAUUCUCCUAAAAAUUAUAAUGAAGAGGAUAAUGUAGAACCAAAGGUUUCAGUUCUAGAUACUUCUGUAGAAAUUAUAACAGAACAUGGCCUGAAUAAACCUGAUAUGAUGUUAGAAAUACCUUCAGAGGAAUUAGUUGAAUUUACGGAUGAUGAAGAUGACGGACCAGAUCUUUUAAGUAGUUUGGAAAUGUCUCCAGAUGAUGUGGGUAUCGAAUUAUGUGGUACUGAAGAUGUACAAAACAUGAAACAUACUGGUACUAACAUAUCAGUAAAUACUGAUGCAACCAUUAAUGUAGAUGAGCAGCAAUUGAAAAAAGUCAGUGAUAAUGAAUCAUUGAAUAUAGUUACAACUAUUAACAAUGAUUUACUAAAUGUGCAAAAAAUGAGUGGUAAUGAAUUAUUAAAUACUGAAUCAAUUAUUAAUAAAAAUAUACAUAGUGAGAAACAAAUUGUUAAUGUAUCAUUAAACAUUGAGGAAGCAAUUAUUAAAGACGAACAAAGUGUGAAUAUAAUCAGUAAUAUAGAAUCGCUAGGUACUGGUCUGCUUAUUAAUGAUGAUACUCAAAAUGUAAAGCAACCAAGUAUUAAUGAAUCAUUUAAUACUAAUGCAACUAUUAAUAAAGAUAAUCAAACUGUCAAACAAGUUGAUAAUGAUGAAUUAAUAAGUAAUAAUGCAACUGUUAAUGAAGACAUAAAAAAUGUGAAGCAAGUCAGUAAUAGUAAACCAUUAAAUACCGAUGCAACUAUUAAUGAUAUACAAAAUGUGAAACAAAUUGGUAGUAAUGAAUCAUUUAAUACUGAUGCAUCUAUUGGUGAAGUGAAAAUGGUGAUGCAAGUUAUUAAUAGUGAAUCAUUAAAUACCGAUGCAACUAUGAAUGAAGAUAUACAAAAUCUCAAACAAAUCUGUAAGAAUGAAUCAUUAAAUACAGAUAUUAAUAUAAAUGAAGACAUACAAAAUGUGAAACAUAUUGACAAUGAGUUAUUAAAUACUAAUGCAACUCUUAAUGAGAAUGUUAAAAAUGUGGAGCAAAUUAGUAUGAAAGAAGCAUUAAAUACUGAUGCAACUGAUAGUGAUGAUUUACCAAAUGAGAAAAAAAUAAAUAAUAAUCCAUCAUUUAAUAGCGAUUCAACUUUUAAUAAAUAUCUUCUAAACAUAAAACAAGGUUAUAAUGAAUUAUUGAGAACUGAUGCAAUUACAGCUUCAAAUAUGGACAUAAAAUCAGAAAAUAAGAGUAAGGAUACUGUGACUAUAGAAAGACAAGCCGACUUAGAUUUUAAAAGCAGUGACCAAAGAGAAACUGUUACUAAAUGUAGCAAUAUAAGUAUUGAGUUGAUUUGUAAAAACCAAGUAGAACUAAACUUGGAAACAACACCACUUCAAGAAAUAACUGAAUCAAAUCAACAGCAAGAUAAACAAACAUGUUCUCUAGAUAGUGAGCAAAAAGUCACAGAUGUAAUGGAUGAACCACAACCAUCAACUUCUCAAGCUUGUAUGAUCAUGGAAAUGAGAAGAGACUCUGAUGAAGUGGGUGAGGUGUCUGAUAGUCUUGGUCUCUUAGCAGAGUCAACAAGAGUGUUGGAGUAUGACGAGGAGCAAGAAGAUGAUGAUGAUGGUGAUGAUGAUGAAGAAUUUGACCAAGAUGAAGAGAGUAGUAAUCAAAUGAUAGCAGACUAUUCAGAAGAUUCUAAUGCUGUGCAAUUAGAGACAGACUUGCCUAAAAAUGUGGAAAUGGAAAUUGAUAAUGCACAAGACUCAACAGAAAAAGAACUAUCGGAAACAUCUUUAGUAAAGACUAUGGCAAAUGAAGAUUGUGAAUUGCAAAUAUGUGAUGUUAUGAGUGUAGAUGUUUCCAGUAAAAAUGAAAAAGACACCAAGACGGACAUUGAACUUUUUGAUCAAUCACCCGUCAUAAAACCUAGUGACAAUGCUGAAGCAGAAGAAGAAAUUUCUGACAAAAUAAUUCAAGAUGCAGCUGAUGAAGCUAUUGAGCAAACAACAGCAGACACUGCGCAGUGUCGGAUUUUAAAAUCGUUGUUAAGUGAAGAUAAUGAUGACUGCAAAACACAUUUGUCCAAAAUGGAAGAUGAACAAGUUAAUGAGCCCAAGCUGUUGGGUAGUCAGUCACAAGAUAAAAUACAGAAUAAAGACUCGAUAAAUGAAGAGAAUGUUGUAUUAUUGGAAAGUUCUUCAGAAGAUGAUUUUAGUGAAACGAAGGAAACAACUUCUAAGUCGCGAGCGGAAGCGGAGACACCAAUAACGUCUGAAGAUGUGUCCCGAUCCAGUCUGCUAACAGAAAUGAAUGAAAAAUACUCAUCUGAUAGUAAUUUGGAGAGCAAAGAGCAAGAAGAUGGUGUGAUGGAUGAACCUAAAAUUUCAGUUAAAGAAAUGCUUAAAGCAUCAAUGGGCUUGGAAGUGUUCAAUGUUGAUUCUGAUGAUGAUGAGGUUCUACAGAAAGUUAGCAAAGUAAAGACACAAGAGGAAUUAGAUAAACUGCGCGGGAAAAGUAAAUGUGUUAACACUGCUUGUAAAAGCCCUGUUGAUGCAAAGUAUUAUGUGGCUGAUUCUACUGUGUUGACUUUCUACGAAUCGGAUCGGAAAAAAAAGGCGGUAGUCUGUGAGCCUUGUGCUGAAGAGGUUGCAAAGAGAAAUGAGAAGUUGAUUAACGGCAUGAAAACCUUUAUGCCGCUCCUUGAGCUAGAAACAAGCAAAUGUAAGCAAGAUUUGGUUGAGAUAUCCGAUUCUGAAUCUGAAGAAGACGAGGUAGUGGGGGAUGAUGACAAGGAAACGAUUGGUGAAGCCGGUGCUAAACUUCUAGAAGAACAAUUGGCGGAUAUGAUCAACGAAACUUGGAAAAAAUUCAAAAUGGAUUUCCGGCUAAAGGACGCGGAAGUUAUUUUGCAACAUGAAAUAGACCGUUUGAAUAAGGAGAAUAAAGAAAUUGACGACAUGUUAAACGAGUGCCAAGUGGCGACCGAUAAGCUGCGGAACGAAUUAUAUGCGACUUUCGAGCAAGAGCGGAAGGAGAUACCGCCCAUCGUUAUUAACGACACGUCCAACCUUACGUAUUCCUGUUAUGAGGAAAAUGCAGAAGAAAAAUUAGAGUCGCCACAGACUCGUAUGAAGCGUCGUAUGUCUACCAUCAGUGAUACACCUGCCAAAAAGCUGGCCGUCUUGACCGGACAGAGUACAACGGAAAAUGAGGUUGAACAGGAAAUAAAGCCGGCAUCUAAGUCACCAGACAGUGUCGAUGACGAUAAUGUGGAGGUAUCUGUGGUGAAGCUGUCGGCGGAAGCGGCGCCUGCCGACCUGCCGCCGCCGGGUGAGGUGACGCGACCACCAUUGCGCGUCGGUAUGACGGUGUACGCCAUGAGGAAUGCUUUCGGACUUUGGCUCAAGGCGAAGAUUGUCGAGACGCAGGCUAAAAAUUCGUCAUCAGUCCCGUUCACAAUGUGUCGCGUGAGGUUCGAGCACAAAGUCAAUAAGAAUCCGUUCAAACUGUUGCCUGCGCGCUGUCUUGCGUAUUCUGAGCCUGCCGACGUUCGUCUUACAAUAGGUACUCGAAUAAUUGCAUCUUCCGACAAAAGGGGGUCGUUCUAUUCGGGAGUCGUCGCGGAGGUUCCAAACCCUGUAAAUAAUUAUAGAUAUUUGGUGUUCUUCGACGACGGGCACGCAAAAUAUGCACAACACGUGGACACACGUCUGGUGUGCGAGUGUUCACCGCUGGUUUGGGAGGAGGUGCAUCCAUACUCGCGCGAUUUCGUGCGCCAGUACCUGCUGUCGUAUCCCGAGCGGCCAAUGGUGCGGCUGCAUCCAAGACAGAACCUCAAGACCGAAUGGAACGGCAAGUGGUGGACGUCGAAGGUGAUGCAAGUGGACGCGUCGCUGGCGCUAAUUAAGCUGGCGGGCGACCGGCUGGAGUGGAUCUACCGCGGCUCCACGCGCCUGGCGCCGCUCUACCUGGAGCUGCAGGCCGCUGAGCGGCACCGAACCCGCCCCAUGCCCAGGUCGGGCCCGCAGCACCGGACUAACAUGCCGUACGUGGAAUACACCCGCUACGACGAGGAACAACCUUCUAAAUCACCUGCAGCACAAACACCGCAACAAAAUGAAGAGAUUCGUCGUCAACGCGCCGUGGCCAAGAAGUCUACGACGACGAGCCAGCCGCCGGCGCCCGUGCCUGUGCCCGCGCCGCCCAGUAGCGCCGCUAACUUGGACAACGUCACCAGCCGAGUUGUGUAUUACACGCCCAAGAAUGCAAUACGCCCGCACAAGAUGGUGCCGCAUACCUGCGGACCGAAAUGUAGGCGCACAGACGUGUUGGCGCUCAAAGACCUUCGCACGUACAACCCCUUGGCUAAGCCACUGCUCAGUGGCUGGGAAAGGCAAAUCGUGCGCUUCAAGGGGCACAAAGAGGUGAUGUACCGCGCGCCGUGCGGGCGGCGGCUGCGCUGCAUGCCCGAGCUGCACCGCUACCUGCGCGCCGUGCGCUCCGACCUGUCCGUCGACCUGUUCGACUUUGCGCCCGCCACGCACUGCCUCGCCGAGUUCGUGCUCAACAAGUGCCUCGUCGGCAAGAAGGAUCUAUCGCAUGGCAAAGAGAACGUGCCAGUGCCGUGCGUGAACUACUACGACGAGUCUUUGCCGGAGUUUUGCUCGUAUAAUACUGAGCGCACGCCCACCGCCGGCGUGCCGCUCAACAUCGACCCGGAGUUCCUGUGCGGCUGCGACUGCGAGGACGACUGCGAGGACAAAACAAAAUGUGCUUGUUGGAAAAUGACGCUAGAGGGCGCACGAACAAUUGGUUUAGACGGGGAUGUUGGCUAUGUGUACAGAAGACUGCCUGAGCCGCUGCCUUCCGGGAUUUACGAAUGCAACUCCAGAUGUAAAUGUAAAAAUACAUGUUUGAAUCGAGUGGCGCAACACCCUCUACAGCUGAAAUUACAAGUUUUCAAAACUCUCAACCGCGGAUGGGGCAUACGAGCACUCAAUGACGUACCAAAAGGGGCGUUCCUGUGUGUUUAUGCAGGAAAUUUACUGACUGAUGCUACUGCAAACUUAGAUGGUCUAAAUGAAGGCGACGAGUACCUCGCCGAACUUGAUUACAUUGAAGUCGUGGAGCAGAUGAAGGAGGGCUUUGAAGAAGACAUUCCGGAGUUUCUCAAAGAACCCGAAAGAAGAACUUCUGCUAUAGAAUCUGUUGAAGAAGAAGAAACAUCUUCUGAGGAAGAAGAGGUAAGGACUUCAAAAGAUGAGAGAGAUGACGACUUCCGGCCUGGCUACAUCGAAAUGGACUCUAUGGAAUUCAGUAAACGCUUGCGUACACGAGAAAGACGCAAGAAGGAGCGGUACAACAAUUUCGAAAAUAAAGACAAAGAAAAAGAUAAGCAAAAAGAAAAAAGAAAAGAUACAGAAAAGGAAGAAGGGGAAAAAGACAACGGCGAUGAAGACUGCAUAACUAUAAGCGAUGAUGAAGAGGUAAGGGAGCCGUCGCGAUUUACGGCGCAAGCGGGGAUGGAUUCAAAUCAAUUAGUAUCAAAAUACAGGUCAGUACGUUCCUACUUCGGCAAGGACGAGGCGUGCUACAUCAUGGACGCUAAGGUUCAAGGCAACAUUGGUCGAUAUCUAAAUCACUCGUGCUGUCCCAACGUGUUCGUUCAGAACGUGUUUGUGGACACGCACGACCCGCGGUUCCCGUGGGUGGCGUUCUUCGCACUCUCCCACAUCCGCGCCGGUACAGAGCUCACCUGGAACUACAACUAUGACGUGGGUUCCGUGCCUGGGAAAAUUCUGUAUUGUUAUUGCGGGGCGGUCAACUGCAGGGGAAGACUACUUUAA